AUGGUGAGACCUCCAUGCUGCACCGGGCUGAAUGUGAAGAAGGGACUUUGGAAUAAUGAGAAGGAGGAUGCAAAGAUACCUGCAUAUGUAUCUAAGCAUGGAACGCGAAAUUGGACAGAGGUCUCCAAGAAAGCAGGACUUAAGAGAUAUGGAAAGAGCUGCAGGCUCCGGUGGACUAAUCACCUGAGGCCUGACCUCAAGCACGAGAGCUUUACACCCGAAGAAGAGGAGUUGAUUAUUAGGCUUCAUGCAGCAAUUGGUAGCAGGCCAAAUCAUCAUAAUUCUGCAAUUUUCAGUGCUGGAGGAGAUGCAAUAUCAGG